AUGUCGGCGCCGACGAUGGAGGAGAGGAAGGCCUGCUGGGGCGCCCGGGACGAGUUCUGGCAGUGCAUGGACAGGCACGGGGACGACGCCUCCAAGUGCGAGAAGCU